UGGUAUUGAGUGUACAUGUAUGUGAAAGGUUCCUUUAAAGUUAACAUUUCUGUAUUGCCUUUCCAGGGUGAAUUGUUAAACCCUUGCCGCUGUGAUGGCUCGGUACGAUACACGCAUCAGCUUUGCCUCUUAAAGUGGAUAAGUGAAAGAGGGUCAUGGACCUGUGAACUCUGCUGUUACAGAUACCAUGUUAUAGCCAUUAAAAUGAAAAAGCCUUGUCAGUGGCAAAGCAUUACUAUAACACUGGUUGAGAAAGUGCAGAUGGUUGCUGUAAUCCUAGGAUCUCUGUUCUUAGUAGCAAGUGUGACUUGGCUUCUAUGGUCAGCCUUCAGCCCUUAUGCAGUAUGGCAAAGAAAGGACAUCCUUUUUCAAAUCUGCUAUGGAAUGUAUGGUUUUAUGGAUCUAGUAUGCAUAGGAUUGAUAGUCCAUGAAGGUGCAUCUGUUUACCGUGUGUUUAAGCGCUGGAGAGCUGUGAAUCUGCACUGGGAUGUGUUAAAUUAUGAUAAAGCCACGGACAUAGAAGAGAGCAAUCGAGGAGAAUCCUCAGCAGGGAGGACAUUGUGGCUGCCACUGACUGCAUUUAGAAACAGAAGUUUAGUUCAUCCAACACAGUUAACCUCGCCGAGACUUCAGUGUGGCUAUGUGUUGUUACAGCUGUUCAACCGCAUGAGACCUCAGGAGGAUUCAUCAGAGGAUAACUGCUCUGGGGAAGUAGUGAUGAGAGUGACCUCAGUGUAAAGAUUGUGCUCACUGUGCUACACAGAUAAGGAUAAUGUGCCCUGGUUUACAGGACUGUGGAAUGUAGUUAUGAUGAAUGGUGAAACCAUUAACACUUGAAAAAAUAUAUACACUUCUUUUUUUUAAAUUUAAUGUUUUUUAUAUGAUCAGAUAAAACACAAAUACAUUUUUCUGGGGGGAAAAGUCUCUUGCUUUUUAUAUAGUCUGAUUUAUUGAAUCUUUUCUCAAUUUGUACCUGAGGUGUAUGUAACAUAGCUUAACUCUUAGGUCUUUGAAUGAUGAGGAAACUCAUUUUUAAGUAAAAAGAUAUAUUUAAAUGUAUUUUCUUAAACUCUGGCUUUAAUCCACUACUGUUAUUUUUUUCCACUUUCAUGAGGAUUAAACUGGACAACAUUCUUCCAAAAAGAAUGUUGACACAAGUAAAAUA